CCUGCUCUCCCAUUCUCGUCGCUGGAUUGGCUGUGAGACUCAUCUACUCACUGGGCUUGCGCGUUGCAAGACGCGAGAAGAGGGGGUCAGCGGGCAACAUGGCUGCUGCUGCGGCCGGUGUGGGUCGGCUAGAGGAAGAGGCGUUGCGGCGAAAGGAACGGCUGAAGGCCCUACGGGAGAAAACCGGACGCAAGGACAAGGAGGAUGGGGAGCCAAAGGCCAAGCAGCUCAAAGAUGGGGAGGAGGAAGGCGAGAAGCACAGGGAACUCAGGCUGCGGAACUACGUCCCCGAGGACGAGGACCUGAAGAGGAGGAGGGUGCCCCAAGCCAAACCAGUCGCCGUGGAAGAGAAGGUGAAGGAGCAACUGGAGGCCGCCAAGCCGGAGCCUGUCAUUGAGGAAGUGGACCUGGCCAACCUUGCACCCCGGAAGCCUGACUGGGACCUCAAGAGAGACGUAGCCAAGAAGCUGGAGAAGCUAGAAAAACGGACCCAGAGGGCCAUCGCCGAGCUGAUCCGUGAGAGGCUGAAAGGCCAGGAGGACAGCCUGGCCUCUGCAGUGGACGCCAGCACAGAACAAGAGGCCUGCGACUCUGACUGAGGCGAACCCCGGCCCCUCACCUACUUGUCAGGCCUGUUUAGCAGGAGGAUGGUCUCGGACAAGGGUUGGGGCUGGGCUUGCCUUCACGUCCACUUUGGCUUCAGAGCAGUGAAUCCCUGCCCCAUCAUUCUGAACCACCACCCCCAUGGGGUGAGGUCAGCUCCUCGUCUCCUGAGUGGUCCCCAAACCCCUGAGUGGGGGCAGAGCCAGCAACAGCUCUGUGGGCUCGCUGUGUCUGUACAUAUGUAUGUAUUAUGAACUUUUUUUUUUAAAUCUCUGGAAAUAGAGACAAACAGAUCCCUAUCAUAUAUUUCCUGGGUCUUCGGCGCGCUGUGGGUUGGGGCCCCGAGACAGGGUGCCUGCAAAGGCGAUGCUUACAUGAAUAGGCCCUGUGUUGGCCUGAGCAUGUUGAGACUGGAGGGAUGGGACAGGCCCAGGUCUGCCCUCUGGCUCCAGGUCCAGGCCCAGUCCUUGGUCAGCGGUGGUCAUCUCAGAACCCUCGAGUGACAGAGAUGGGUCUGAGAGAGUUCUCUUAAGACUUGGCACAGGCCUGGGCAUUGUAGCAUUCUGUGGGACAGCGCGGAGAGGCUCCCUCCCCGGUCCUCUGUGGCCGCCUCACAGUGUGAGGGACGGAAGGGAGAGGCUGGGCCCGUGAAGGCUGUGAGCUGUGCCCCGGCCUCAGCUCUGCGCUGCUCCGGAUUCCAGGUCCUGGGCCCUGUUCUCUCUCACUCUGCCUAGCCCCAGGCAGCCCCUCGGUUUCAGUUCUCCCAUCAGAGCUGGCCUAUGGCUUCCCUGGGACAGGGCCCCUGUGUAGGGGACGGUGGCCCAUUCUGCUAGAGACUGGGGUAGUGUGGGCUGGGUUUCGGGUGUGGUGUUGAGUCCCAACCCCCGAGGUCCUGAGCCACCUCUGUGGCGUUGACUCUCCAGAGCAACUGGCUGGCCACAGCUCUGACUCCAUGUGUCUGUGGCCAACUAGAAUUUCAUCUCCUCUAGAAUGAUAACAUGCUUGAGUUUCCUUGGGGUUUUUUUUUCCCAUUGAGCCUCCUGCCCCUGCCCUGGGUCAUCCCAGUAUGUUCGUCCCUCUGUGAUGAGUUUCAAGAACACAGUGACCCGGCUUUGGUGGAUGGUGCUGAGGACUCGGGCCAUAGAGGUGGAGCAGGCGUGUACACGGAGACCAGUAUACAUACAGUAAACGAAAUGCUUUAAGUUAAAAUUACGCAUCUACUCUAAGAAGGUAAACCUUCUGUAUAAAAGAAGCAGGAACUUGCAGUUGUGAAUGAAGGCUGAAGUGACGGGUGGCCAGCUGCUGCGGAGAGCAGUGGGACCUGACCAGGACUCUGAUUCCCACCAGUGACAGGGGUCAGACAUGCCCACGGGCGUCAGGACUGGAGCCAGGCUCCCUCUGCAUGGCCAGGGUCUGGACCGGGGCUUCAUUUCCUAGGAGUAAAGGAUGAAAAGAGCCCCACCUCCUGCGCAUGCAGCUGGAAGCAGAACACUUCUCUGUGGCAGUGGAGGGACUCAGACACCCGGUGACUGGCAGCUGGGCGCCCGCUCAGCACCCGCACUGGGACUAGAGUGGGGAUAUCCCCACAGUAUGAGCCCCGAGAGCUGAUGGAAGGUUUGCUUCUGCAUGUAAACCCUGUGUGCCCUACAAAAAACUGCCUGACGAGGAGAGAGAAAAACAAAGAUCACCAUGUGUGAUGGGCACUCAAAACAAAAGUUACAAAACCUGUGAGAAAACCCAGUGCCUUAAAGAGUGACCAACAACCCAACAAGUGGGUGAGUUUACAGCCAAGGACACUGAAACAGUAACAUCCUAACAGGCUUUAAAAUGAGCAUUUGUUUUAUCAUCAGAGAGAAAAGAACUGACUCCUAUAACUCAAGAACAGAGAUUGGAUAUGAAAAAGAACUGAUUAGAAAUCUUGAAAAUAAAAAACGUUUAUUAAAAUAAGCUCACUAGCUGGCAAAAAUGGGAUAGAGGUAACAUAGUUUUUUGAAUGACUGAACUUUUCAAAAUCAAUCCACAGAUUCAAGGAGGACAACAAAACUCAUUGGGGCAACAAAAAGAAGUCUACACUCAAAUGUUCCCUCUCUUGAUGUGGGUACUGAUUUAUUAGGUAUAAUAAAUUGCCCCAAAACUCAGUGGCUUGAAUAAACAUCUUUGUUAUCUGACAGUUUCUAUGGGUCAGGAAUGCAGGGCAGCUUAGCUGGGUAGUUCUAGCUCGGGGUCUCUUUUGAGGUUGCUGACAAGCUGUCCCCACGGCAGCGGUCAUCUGAAGGUCUGAUGGGCUAGAGGGUCUGCUUCCGAGGCGGCUUCCAUUCUCAGGGCUCACAGGGAUGCUUGAUUUACACACAGUGCACAUGCAAGUCCUUGCCAUGUGGACCUCUCCAUAAGGCUUGAUUGGGUGUCCACAUGCCGUGGCAGCUGGCUUUCCCCAGAGUGAGUGGCCCAAGAGAGAAAGGAGGAAGCUUUAAGGGCUUUUAUGACUGGGUCGUAGAGGUAUUAUUCUGCCACAUUCUGUUUGUUAGAAGCAAUUCACUGCAUCCAGCCCGUACUCAGAGAAUUCGGUUCCAUUUCUGAAAGGGAGAUCUGCCUAAGAAUUUGUGGGUCUAUUUUAAAAUCAAUACAUACCUAGACACAUUGUAAUAAUUUGGCAAAAUAAAAAGACCAAGAAAUAAUCUUAAAAUUAGAGAGAAAAGAUAGAUUACCUUUCCAGGAGCAAGACUGUAGCAGAUGUCUCAACCACAGGCAGUGGUAACUGGACGAAAGAAAAUUGUCAACUGAAAAUUCUAUACCCAGAGAAAAUGUCUCAAGGUAUUUUUAGACAAAAUCAGAGAUUUUUGUCACCAGCGGACUCACACACAAAAAAAUCUAUUUUGAGGUAAUGAAAAAUGAAAAAUUGUGAUGGUGGUUACACAAAUCUGUGACUAUGCCAGGAGUCGUUGACCUGUACCCUUUAAACGGAGGAAUCGUAUAGGAUGUAUAUUAUAUCUCAGUAAAGCUGUUUUUAAAAAACGAAUCAGCAUUCUCAAAAGGAAAAAAAAAAAAAGAAUUCUGAAGAAUGUCUUCAGACUGAAGGGACACAUCCCAGAUGGAAAAUCUGAGAUAAAAGAUAGAAUGAAGAGAAAGAAAGUGUAAAUUUAAACAGGCAUUGACCUUAUAAAGCAAAAAAAAUGCUUCGUGGAGUAAAAGUGAAACAGGGAUCACUUAGCAGCGAUGGCGUAGGAGGCCAGCGGGAGGGGGCGGUGGGAGUUACAGCCUCCGCGAAGCUCCCUCAAGACGGGAGGAAAGACUCCAGUUAACACUGGUCUGCAGGCAGGCUGACAUUUCUAGGGUAACCCUAAAUGAACAGAAACAAGACCACUUCCAAAGCAGUUGAGAGAAAAAAAAGUGGAAUGAAAAAAAAAAAUAAGGCAAAAAGAAAAGAUCAGUAAAUGAAUCCAUAUACAUCAUUAAUUACAAUUAAUGUACUAGACUACUUUUUUUGAAAACUCAGUCUGAUGCCAUUUUAAAAAGAAACCUAAACCCCAACAGAAAGAUUGAAAGCAGAGGGAUUAGAAAAGCUCUCUCAAGCUCAGAAUCAGCAAAAGGAAGCUGAGGUCGGCUGGGUCAUGUCAGACCAGGGAGCCUGUCAGAAGUGUUAUUAGCUACACUGCUGUGCUCUGGAGCGGCGCCCCCUCCCCUCCGCCCCGGCCGUGGGAGUGCUAAGUGGGAAGACCCCUUGGGGAACCUUGAACAUGAGUACACCCUGUGACCGACCAGCAAUUCCACUGUUAGUGUCCUGGGAAACAGUCGCACGUGUCUUCCUGGAGACGGACAGGAAUGCUUAUAGAAAGAAGCAUCGUCCGUAGGGGCUCCUGCACGCACACCCAACACAGAUGUGGUAGUAAGCUGUAUUUCUUACAGUGGAAUUCUCUAUAGCAAUAGUGAAAUGAAUGAUAUCCACCUACAAGAUUAUGGCCAUAUCUCAAAAGAAGCAAGUCACAGAAGAAAUGGGACACGAGCCUCUGGUAUGCGUGGACGGUAAAGCCGGCACAGGAAUGCACGGUGGCGGCCUCAGCGUCAGGCCUGCAGCAGCUCCGGGAAGGGGCCCUUGAGGUGCCGCCAUGUUCUUUUCCUUGGCUUGAGUGAUGGGAACUCACUUUAUUCUCUCUCCAUUCAUUUUCUAUUCUGUGUGUGUGUGGUGUUUGUGAUGUAUUUCACCCACCUACUUUUUAAAGGAGAAAUUUUCAGAAUUCACAACCUAAAAUGACUGUUCAAAGUGUGAAGUGGAAUUUUUUUAAAUGGCCACAUCUGCCGUUCACCGCUGUGGUCUAGAUUAGAACAUUGAGGGUAAAGAGAAAAAUCACAUAAGCUCCAUGGGGGCGGGAGGUGGGAGGAGGAUUACCUACAAAUGAAUGAGUUUCACUUUUCAUCAUUAAUAGAUACUAGAAUGAGUUUCACUCCUAAGUGCUGUGGGAACAGAUGUCAAUCUGUUCAACUAUCAUAAAUACUAAGGGUAGGAUAGACAUUUUCAGGCUAUGGCACUGCUUUCCAUGCACUGGUAUUUGCUGAGGGAACUCGUAAAUGAUGGUCUGUAGCACGAAGAGCCGGGAGGGGGCAGAUGGAGGAAUGUGGGAACCAGGACCGCGUUUGGCAGACACUCACAAACAGGGUCUUAAACCAGGAGGGUUUAUUGGGUCUUGUGUUAAGUCUAAAGUGGUCUAGUGGCUCCUUGAGGCUGCCAGGGGCAUGAGUCCCUUCCUCUCCCCAGCUGCCCUCUGUAGCUCCCCUAGAAAUCUACACCCCAAGGUUUGAGCUACAGGCAGGAGGAGGAAGGGUAAAGGGCAAGCCAUGAAGAAACCAUGGCUUCAAGCCCAGUCCACCAGGCUCGCCUUCACAUCUGACCAGCCAUUACUGUGUCUGAUCCACUGCUAACUGCAGACAUGUGGGGAAUAAGGUAUUUUAAGCGGGACACAUUGCCACCAAGGUUGAAACUGAGAAAGGAAGUAAAAGUAGAUAGACUGCUGGGAAGGCAGCCAGCAGUGCCUGCCACAGGACGCAGGAAGAAGUGGUGAGCGAAGAAAGUGGUAAACAUUGCAAGAACCAACAAUGACACCUCUAGCAAGACGAAAAACGAAGACACACAUUAUAAACAUUAGGAAUGAAAUACGGCUAUCACUGCGAACCCCACAGACAUCAAAAGAACAGUAAGGGAAUUUUGUAAACUAGCCACAUAAAUUUGACAAGUUGAUGAAAAGAACCAGUUUCUUGAAAAGCACAAACUCCCACAAUUUACCCGCGAUGCAAUAGAUACUUUGCAUAGCUCUGUAACUAUUAAGGAUAUUGAAUUCCUAAUUUAAAAACCCCUGAAAAAGAAAUCUCAAAGCCCAGGUGGUUUUACUGCAGAAUUAAUAUACCAGUUAAGUGCAAUUCCUGUCAAAAUUCCAGGUAGGAUCUUUAAAUAUAGACAGGAUUAUUCUAAAAUGAUUCAGGAAAGGCAAAAGAACUAGAACAGCUUAAACAAUUUUUAACUAGAAAAAUAAAGCAUGAGGAAUCACCACUUCAAGGUGUCACGCAGCUACAGUUAUCGAGAUGCUCCUGGUGGGAAGAGGUGCACGGAUCAAUGGGCGAGAACGUAAAAGAAGUAACUCCAUGUGCACAACCCACUGAUGUUUGACAAAAGUGAGAAACGAGCUCUGCGGAGGAAGCAUGGUCUUCAGCAGAUGGUGCUGGACUGACUGGAUAGCCAUAGGCCGAAAAAGGACCCCAGUGUAAGCCUCAGACCUUACACAAAAGCGAAAGCGGGUCACAGGUUUAAAUGGAAGACGUAAAAUCCUGACUUUUGGGAGAGAACCUUCAGGACCUAGAGCUUGGCGAAGCAUUCUUAGAUAUGAGACCAAAAGCACAAUCCGUAAAUUGAUAAAUUGGACUUAACCAAAAUGAAAAGCUCUUGACCCAACAAAGCCUGUUAAGAGGAUGAAAAGAAAAGCUACAGACUGAGGAAAUAUUUGCAAACCCCUUAUCUGAUAAAGGACUCGUCUAGAAUGUAUAAAGGAAGCUCAAAACAACAGGAAAAAAGAGAGAGGGAGGAAGUCAAAUUAGAAAAUAGGCAAAAGACAUGAGUCAUUUUACCAGAGAGGAUAUAUAUAUAUAUGACACACAAGAAAGAUGUUCAACAUCACUAGCCAUUAGGGAAAUGCAAAUUAAAAUCAUGAUGAGAUACUAUUACACACUUAUUAAGAACAGCUUAAAUUAAAAACAUAAUACCAAACGCUGAUGGACGUGGAGAAAGGACCAUAAAUGUUAGUUAUUCUGGGAAAUAGUUGGGACAGUUUCUUAAGAAACCGAACGUUACUUAACGUAUAACCUAGCAACCAUGCUCCUGGCAUCUAUUCCAGAGAAGAAAAUUAUGUCCACACAGAUGGGCUUAGCAGAUAUGAAAACUAUAGACACACAUGUUCAUAGCAAUUUUAUUUGUAAUCAUCAAAAGCUAGGGGGAAAAUGCCUCACGCAUUACUGCUUAAUGAACACUGGAUAGUUUGUGUCAGUUAAAUAAGCACGGAUCUUCAACUUAUUGGAGGUUGCCAAGUCAUCAUCAGACCAAGAUACAGGUCUUAGUGUAAUUUCUCUUCCUUCAGUUAGGAAUUUAAAAAUUCACAAACAAUAGGUGGGAGUAAGUAUGGUAAAAAAAAUCUCUGACAUGUGGCAUGCAGUCUACGAGGGCAUUCCUUCACCUGGUCCUGUACUCUGGGGAGUAAUGGAGUGGAAAGUUAAAUAAGUUUUUAUUCUGUGAAGAAACCAGCCAACCCCCAAAAUGUCCUUCAGUAGCUGACUGGGUAAACGGGCGCACCACACCGUGGACUACAGCUCUGCAGUAAGAAGGAACAAGCUGUUGAUAAAGGGAGUGGCUUGCUUGGACCUUAAGGGCAUUAUGCUGAGUGAAAUAAACAGAUACACAUGUAUCUCAGAAGAUC